UUUACAAUCUAAACGGAAUUCGUAUUUCGCGAUUGUAGAUUGUAGAUGGCUCUGACGUUGUUUACGUUGCCACCUGCUACUACGGACGCUUAGCCGCCAUUGUGCGUAUUGUUUUGAAUUUUGAUUUCUUGCGAAAAUUUAUUACCGACGAGUGUUUUUAUAAGAGGUUAUCAUCAGUUAUAAUGGAUGAAAACACUGAAAAUCUUCCUGGCACACCUCCCGAAGUGGCAGAAGCAGCUGGUGCUGUUAACCUGUUACCAGAGAAAUCUCAAAAAUUGUACAAAAUAGCGUACAAUCAAUUCAUGAAGUGGAAACAAGAAAAGAAGAUUACCUCAUUUUCCGAACGGGUGAUAUUAGCAUACUUUGCAGACUUAUCAAGUAAAUACAAAAUUUCUACGCUGUGGACUUAUUACUCCAUGCUACGAAGUACUCUCAACAUCAAUCAUAACAUUAAUAUAGAACAGUACCAUAAAUUAAGAGCAUUCUUAAAGCGUCAAGGAGAAAAUUACCAGCCAAAGAAAGCGAAAACGCUUAGUCCUCAACAAAUAACUAAAUUCAUCACUGAAGCCCCUGAUGUAAAAUAUCUAGCAACGAAGGUGGCUUUGAUAAUGGGCAUAAUGGGUGCAUGUAGGACUCAAGAACUGCAUUCAAUGCGAAUUCAAGACAUCAAAGAUUUGAAUUCAGCUUUUUUGGUAACACUGCCCAACACUAAAACAAAGAUUAGAAGAUCUUUCACAGUAACUGAAGAUUACUAUUUAAUAUGCAAAAAGUAUCUUGAUUUACGUCCAGCUGAAGUGCAAUCAGAUGUGUUUUUCCUUAAUUACCAGAAUGGUAAAUGUACUAUGCAGAGAAUAGGUAUCAAUAAAUUUGGUGGUAUGCCGAAAGAAGUUGCAGCAUAUUUGGGGCUCCCAAAUCCAGAAUUAUUUACUGGACACUCUUUUCGUAGAUCCUCGGCUACUUUAUUGGUGGAUUGUGGAGGGGACAUAACCGAUUUAAAACGCCACGGAGGAUGGAAAAGCUCCUCCGUGGCAGAGGGCUACAUAGAUAACAGUGUGAGAUACAAACUAGAAACAUCAAAGAAAAUUUUUAAACAGGUGAAUCCCUCGUCAACACCAUGUACAUCAAUUCGAGCUCCUGUAAUGGCAGAAAACUGUGAAAACAUAGAGGAGUAUGCUGCUAGAAACUAG